AUGAAGCCUGUUCUCCCGCGAUCUGUGUGUUUCCAACCUGCUACUUUGCUCCUGCCUCGUACCACCGCCUUUGCGACUCAGCAUAUCAACACUGCGACGAGAUCUUUCUUCAAGUUUAGAAAAGUUACAUCAUCGCCUGCGACCAUGUCUUCUGCCACCUCUUUCCACGAGUUUAAGCCCCUUGACAAGAAGGGUAACGUCUACGACUUGUCCAAGCUCAAGGGCAAGGUCGUCCUUGUCGUCAACACUGCCAGCAAGUGCGGCUUCACUCCCCAGUUCGAAGGCCUCGAGAAGCUCUACAAGGACCUCAAGGCCGCCCACCCCAACGACGUCGAGUUCCUCGGCUUCCCCUGCAACCAAUUCGGCUCCCAAGACCCCGGCUCCAACGACACAAUCCAAGAGUUCUGCCAACUCAACUACGGCGUCUCGUUCCCCGUCCUCGGCAAAACCGACGUCAAUGGCGACAAGGCCGAGCCCGUCUUCGAGUGGAUGAAGGCCGAGCAGCCCGGCCUCAUGGGCCUGAAGAGAGUCAAGUGGAACUUUGAAAAGUUCUUGGUUGGCAAGGAUGGCAAGGUCAAGGGCAGAUGGGCCAGCACCACCAAGCCUGAGGCUUUGAAGGCGCCUAUUGAGGCUGCUUUGAAGGCUUAG